AUGAAAGAGUUCGAACAUGAAGAACUUGAAGAAGCAACUCAUAACUAUUCAAGGUCUCAUCUCAUAGGCAAAGGAAGCCAUGGGUGCAUCUACAAAGCCACUCUCAAAAAUGGUCAAAUGGUUGCUAUAAAGACACCAUCUUUAGGCCUUUGCAAGCUACAAGACACCUCCAAGAUUGAUAAUGAAGCUCACAUAUUGUCAUCUUUCCCACCGAACCGAUUCUUGGUCAACUUAUUCGGGACGAGUCAUGACUCAGCCGGGCACCGAGUCCUUGUUAUGGAACACAUGCCCGGUGGAAUGCUUCAUGAUUUGCUCCACAUGACCAUUGGUGGCUCGUCUCCACCAUCAUGGUGUAAACGAGCCACAAUGGCAGUCCAAAUAGCUCGAGCUGUGCAGUUCCUCCACGAUUCGAAGCCCGUGGUUGUCCACCGCGAUAUAAAGUCUGAAAAUAUCUUGUUUGAUUCAAAAUCAAACGCUCGACUGGCUGACUUUGGGCUCGCAGUGUGUAUAAACUCACCGAGUCAACAAGUUGACUCGGUGAGUUUACCUGCGGGGACUAUUGGAUACUUGGAUCCUUGUUACACUACCCCGUGUAAGUUGAGCACUAAAAACGAUGUGUUCAGCUUUGGGGUAGUGUUGUUGGAGAUCAUUAGUGGCACGAAAGCUAUUGAUGUCUCUAGGGAUCCUGCUUCGAUAGUGGAAUGGUCAAAGGGUUUGAUUGGAAAAAAUCAAAUAAUGGAAAUAUGCGAUAAAAGGGUCAAGAUGCCACGUCACAUGGAAGACCGGAUACGAAAUAUGUUGGUUCUAGCUAUUCAAUGUGUGUCAUCAGAUGAAGAAUCACGUCCAUCCAUUACAGAAAUCGUUACCAAAUUGGAAAGAUUUAGAUUUACAAUAUGGGGAGAUAAGAUAAAAAGUCUUGUUCUUUUAAAAAGCCGAAAAAAGCUUGCUUCAAAUAUGUCUGCCACCACCACUAACACGGUUGUCGCCACCACUUUAGGUGGUCAUAUUAGUGUCACAAGAAGGAAGAUCUUGCUAAGAGAAAUACUUACAGGUACUGUUUUAUUGCACUGA